AUGGCCGCGUCGCGCCUUCCGCAGAAGUCAGAAGCGAAUUCCCCGUGUUCCUGGGUAGAGCUCCACUUCAGCAGUAAUGGGAAUGGCAGCGGAAACACUGCCACUCCGACCGGCCAAGAACAAGUACCAGCCUCGAUUUCCAUUCACAAUGGCGACAUGGAGAAAAUACUCCUGGAUGCUCAGCAUGAGUCUGGAAGAAGCAGUUCAAGAGAAAGUUCGCAUUGCGACAGCCCUCCUCGUUCCCAGACACCUCAGGACAGUCACAGAGCUUUGGAAAUAGAGAGUCACAGCAGCGGAGAAAAGAAUAGCUUUCAGUCUGAAGAAGAUUUUCUUGAAAGGAGGAAAGAAGUAGAACGGCUCCUGAAGAAGAAUGCAGAUUGGAUAUGGGAUUGGUCCAGCAGGCCGGAGAACAUCCCACCCAAGGAAUUCCUUUUUAAACAUCCCAGGCGCACAGCUACUCUCAGCAUGAGAAAUACCAGUGUAAUGAAGAAAGGGGGGAUAUUCUCCGCAGAAUUUUUGAAGGUUUUUCUUCCAUCUCUGCUGCUUUCUCAUCUGCUUGCCAUUGGACUAGGGAUUUACAUUGGAAGGCGCCUUACGACCACGGCUUCCAGCAGUACCUUCUAG